CAAUCACACAAACACCACAAUCCAAGACAUAUUUAUUUCUUCUUCCCUACCUCGCCAUCGUUCCCGCAACAGCGAUUGCAUAACUCUUCAUCAUGCUCUUCAACAACAUCAUUGUCGCCAUUGCUCUCAGCGGCGCUGCAACUGCCCUUCCCCAGAAAUACCCCGUUAAGUGUGGUGACUCAGUCUGCCCUGCAGACAAGCCCAAAUGCUGCGAGGUCCUUGUCAACGGAGAACUUGAAAUCGGGUGCUUUGAGGAAUGUCCUGCUCUACCCCCAAUCCAAGCAAAACUUCGGCACCGCGAGCAAUCCACCAUCACAAUUGCAGCAUCUCCGCCCAUUCAAACUUUCGGUCCCAAGUGCGGAGACUCUUAUUUCUGCCCUGUCGGCCAAGUCUGCUGCCCUAACGCGCUGUACCACUGCGCCGACCCUGAUAAGGUCGCCCAGGAGUGCCCUCUGUAGUUAGCGGGUGAGGGCAAAUUUACCAACUUACUGGCCCAGUGAUAUGGCAGUCUGUUCUGGAAUCAGAUUGGACUACUUUUAUAGGGUCGAGAAGGACUGUGUUAUUUUUUGGUCUUCUUCUUCUCUGUUUCGUUAUAUCUCUUAGGUCACUGGAUAACAGUCGGGAUGUAGAAGGUUUUGUCAUGACUGUAAUUAGACUCAUGGUAUGAUUGCGGUACUUUCUUCGAUAGAAUUCAUUUUAUUCUCGC